AUGUCCAAAGCGCCCCCACCCCCACGCGCCAAAUCCGCCACCGACGUCCGCCGCACGCUCUUCCGCUCCCUCUCGCGCACCGGCCCGUCCACGCUCGCCAGCGCCAGCAGCAUCCCCGCCGCCGCUGCUGCCGCCGACCACGCCGACGCCGGCGCCGACGCCGACGCCGCCGCGCCCGAGGGCAUCGUGGUCCGGCGCAAGGACGGCAGCAUGGACCUGGAGGUGCCGCUGACGACGACGCAGCAUGCGCAGCUGCUGGAUGGGAUUGGGAGGGAGUUGGCGGAGCAGCAGCGCGUGGCGGCGGAGCUGGUGAAGAGGCAUCAGGUCGAUGCGUAUAAGAAGCUUCCAGGUUAG